AUGGAACCAAUUAACAAUCAAUUAAAAGGUAGUGAAAUUCCAAAGGAAGUAAAACAAUUAGUCUCAUCAAAGAUGGGAAAACAAGGAUCCAAGAUCUUGGAUAAAAUCCUAGCAAAGGAAAAAAGUGAAUUGAUCAAGUUGAUCAAUGGCCAAGGAGUUGACCCAUUAAACAUUUUUAAAGGUCUUCUUUUAGCUGGUGUUUCAUUAGUACCUUAUGUUGGUGGCAUUUUAUCAACACUUAUUGAUGUAAUUUGGAGUGCAGCUGAAUCAAAGGAUGAUAGUGCAGGUGAAAAGAUGAGUAAAAAGUUUACAGAUGCGAUGACCAAGCUUAUCAAGCAAGGUAUUGAGAAGUAUGACAAGGACACUCUUCAUGCAUUCUUUUUCGGUCUCACCGCAGUCAGCGAAGAGUACCAAAGGGUAUUUCAACUCUGGCAAAAGAAUCCAACCAACAACAGUACCAUCCAAUCAGUGAGAACUGCUCAUGAGGAUGCUCACAUUAGUUUUAUCCAAACCAUUCCACAUGCUCAAAAGCCAGGCUAUGAGGUAUCCGAGUUGGUCUUUUUCGCAUUGAUGGCCACCAACCAUCUGUCAAUCAUGGCUGAUCGUCUCAUGUAUGGUCGUGCAUGGCAACUCACCGAUGAAGAGAUUGAAUCUUUUGAAAAGGUUUAUUCUGAUGCUGUGACCAAGUACACCAAGUACUGUUUGGAUGCCUACAACAUUGGAUUAAAGGCCGUUCAAGAGUCGAGUGAGGAUGUACCAAAGGAAAUGUACAAGGAUGUGUACCAAUGGAACCGUGUAAACCAGUACAAGAGCGAUAUGAUCAUCAAUGUCUUUGACCUAGUCAACUUUUGGUGGCAAUAUGACCCACGAGUCUGUCCAAAGGGUGCAGUCUAUGAUACUGUCCGUUACAUCUACUCACCCAUCUGCGGUGUUGUCAACACCACCUAUGCCAAGAAUGGGUAUUUCUCGUGGGAGGCAUACUACCAUCCCACCCAACAAGAGAUCCAAGACCAUUUCAAGGACAUGUAUCGUUACAAGGGCGAGUUUGUCGGAUGUGGUGUCCGUUGCUUCAAGCGAAUCGACGCCAUCCUUCCUCGUGUUUUGAAUCCAUCUACUGGCCAAGUCACCGAGUACUACUAUGGUGGCAAGGGUGGAGUUUUAAAAAACACCAACAACUUUGACGCUGCCAAUCCUUGUCUUGGUGUCAAUGUGGGUCACGAGGUUGUACCUUGGAACCUCAGCAUUGGAGGACAGUACUUUGGUGGCAGUGACAACCGUGUCAUCAACAAGGACCUCAAAGUCGAUGACCACAAGAUUGGUUUCCUCUUUGGAUGUGGCAUCUCUGUCACACCUGGAUUCAACGACCAAAUCAAUGCAAUCUGUGCAGCUUUUGUUCCAGAGGCACUCACUUUUAACGGUGUCAGCACCAUCACUGAUGGUCCAGCCAGUGUCAUUGAUUUUCAGUGUUGCAAGGUUGAUGAUGGAUACUCUACAGUACCCGACACACCAUUCCCAGGUCAAAUGGACACUGUCAUCCCAGUUGGCAAGUCUGCCCACUUUACAGUGUCGUACAGUGGCAAUGGAUCACCAACCUCUAUCUUUGUAAUCAAGUUAAAGGCAUCAUCGACCAAGGGUGAUGCUACAGUCACUGUUUCAGCCGACGGCAAUCCAUCAGUACUUGCAACCUUUAAGAUAUCCGAUCAUUUUGAUAUCUAUUCAGACACUUUUGCACCCAAUUCUCCUGUUCGUUUCAACGUUGGUCAAAAAACUACCUUCCACGUAAAGGUUGAUUCAUCUGCUAGUGGUGCAGUCCAUUUCAAUUCGAUUGCCUUAUUUUCGCAACAAUUACAACAUUCAAUGUUACCAGCUUCCACCACCGAUCCAAUGGACUAUAAUUUGAAUUGGGAUGGUAUCAAGAAUACUGAUAAAUCCAAAUUCAUUCCAUUAAUUAAUCAUUAA